AUGUGGAUUCGAGCAUAUGCCACUGCGGCACGUGACACCGUCAACCACGGCAAGCACGGUCUCCAUCCAUGGCCCAAAACCAAGAAACCAACGCCACAUGAAAUCUUCAACUUGCUGGAAAAGGACUGUCUGAACAGAUUGGCUUACGAUCGGGCUGUGCGGCGCACAUACCAGAAGCUUGUCAAGCUCUACCACCCCGACAUCUCUAAACUGCGCGAGAUCGAGAAUACGGACGGCUCGGUGCUUCUGGAGGACCAGAAAAAGAAGCGGUUCCACGAAGUCCAGAGCGCGUAUGAAAUCUUGAAAUCCGCCCGGACCAGAACCGCGUAUCACCGGGCCCAGACCACCACGUGGGGUGAUUACAAACGUGGAAAAACGUCCAGCUUCGACGCCUAUCGGAUGGCCAAUGCCCAUCGCAAAAAGUACGCCUACGAAAACGACCCGAAAUUCUGGCAGGCCGGCAACUGGGAAGACUACUACCAGAUGCGAUAUGGCCGGUCUGCCCCCACGCGGGAGGAGUGGGAAAAAAACAAGUGGGGCAUUUUGUGGAAGGUGCUUGCGGCUGCGUCCGUGGUGGUCACACUACAGGUCAUGCUAGCGCUUGAAAAAACCAACGAAUUCAACCGCCAGACACGGCUCAUGAAUUUGCGUGCUAAUGCGGAUCUAAGCGAUGCGUACACAAACUACGAUGAGGGCCUCACGCGGUUCCAGCGAAUCCGGCGGUUUUUGCUAUUCCGGAGACUGGGGCUCGGUGACCGGGAUGCCGAUGGCACUAAGGUGGCGGAAAAUGAGAUGUUGACAAAGUACGCGCAGGAACAGUUGAAAAGACCUGAGCUUCUGGAGGAGUACAGAGGUUCGUAG